AGCAGUUAUUGACAUUAAAUCACAAUAAAAUUGGUCAUGAGCUCAUUGGUCAGUCUGAUGGAUCCCAUUCAGGAAGUUUCCGAUGAUAAAAAUGUAAGCAGAAAGAGAUCCAAGACAUUUACUGGCUGUUUUACCUGUAGAUCACGAAAGAUUCGAUGUGAUUUAAAGAAACCCCAUUGUAUGAAAUGUAUAAAAGCUGGUUAUAUAUGUUCAGGUUAUGAUAUUAAAUUAAGAUGGUCAUUACCAUUACAAUUCAAAUCUCGAAAUGGGAAUCCAGUACAUAAACCAGUAGUGUUUAAGGAUAAAGAUACUGAAACUGAUGGAGGAGGAGGAGGAGAUACAGAAUUCUUUCAAAGAAGAAAUGUGGAAUUUGUAGUAUGGGAUGAAACUAAGAAUUGUAAACCUUAUGAAACUUAUGAAGAAAUGGAUAAAGAUUUAGGAAUUCUUAAUAAUUCUGGUUCUGAUAGUAUAAUUCGAGUUCAAGGUAAAACAAAGCUUUUAGGACCGUUUGGAGUAUUCCGAGGGUCUGGUGGAAAUGGAUUAAGAGUAGUUUCUAAAGUAGAUCAUAAUGAGAAAGUAAUUAAAAAACCAAGAAUAGAAAAGACUCCUGUUGAUACUUCUUAUGAAACUCCUACAUCAACAUAUAGUAGUAAAAGAAGUUAUGAUAGUACCACUUCAAGUGCAAUCCCCUUAUCGGGGAAUGAUAAUGCACCUCAUGAUCAAUUAUGGUUAUCCAAUGAAUUAAGAGAUGCAGCCCUAUUGACAGCCGCAGCUUUAAAUGGUGAUACUCAAUAUCUUGACUUUAUGAACUUCACUAAUGAUAAAUCCAUUGUAAAUACUAAUUCUUCAUCACCUCAACCAAAUUAUCAUGUAAAUAAUAAUAAUAACAACAAUACUAAUAAUAAUAAUAAUAAUAAUAAUAAUAAUAACAAUUUCAAUACUAAUCAAAAUGAUUUUCUUAAUUUGGUAUUUCAUCGGAAUCUCAGUAAUUCAAUAUCAACUACUAAUAAUCAUCCGAAUGAUAAUACCAAUAUUAAUAUGACUAGUCUAUUAAAUGACUCAAGUGCAGCAAUAGAUACGGCUAAUCAACAUUUAUAUUAUUCCAAUUAUAAUAAUUAUUAUUAUAAUAAUCCAUAUCAAUUAAAUGAAAAUUUAGAAAUUCAUUUACAUGCAUCUAAAUUACCUAGUAGUAAUGAUGAUGAUACUACUACUACAGAUUUAGUUGAUGGUGAACAAUCUAAUUCUGUACAAAUGCCUACAUCUAUUAUGUCUAUUGUUCAAAGUCAUACUCAACCAAUAGAUAUAGAUUUAUCUAUACCUACAACUUCAUCAACUGGUCCAAAAGCAGGUUUACCUACAACUGCACUUCAAGUUCAACCACUUACCCGAUAUUUAUUAAAUUAUUAUAUAACUCAAGUAGCAGAUUUAAUGACAGUUAUACCAUUAACAGAAAACCCUUGGAAAACCAUCUAUUUCCCUCGGGCAGUCAUGGCAAUAGGAGAAUUACUGGCUCUUGGACAAACUUCAACGGCUAAGAAUGCUUUAUUAAAUGCUUUAUUAGCAGUUUCUGCAUUUAAUUUACAAUCUAAAUUUCCCAAGAAUUCUGAUUCAAUGAAAUAUUAUCUUAAUUUAGGAAUUAGAUUAAGAAAUCAAGCCAGUUUAUUUGUUAAACAAUUACUAAAUUCUAAAUCAGAUACUCAAUCAGGAAUUGAGUAUUGUUUAUCUAACGAAAAGUAUAAGGAUGUUUUAUGUGCGGUAAUGACAAUGAUUAGUGUUGAUUUGGUUUGGGGGACUAUGCAAGAUACUAGUUUCUAUAUUAAUUGGUGUGGGAAAGUUAUAGCUACAAAAAUGGUUAAUAAGAAAAAGUUAUCAUCAAAAGCUCGUAUUCUUCAUCGAAUAUUCCUGUCUUUAAAGUUAAUUCAAGAUUCAACAUGUCUUGAUGCAGAAAGUAUUAAAGAAGAUUUUGAAUCUACGGCUGGUAGAGGUUAUGAUGUUAAUGGAGAUAUGUUUGCUAAUCGAACUAAAGAGAUGAAAAAGGGUCGAAUUGAUUUUAUUGUUAAUAGUACAAUUAAUAAUAAUAUUAAUAAUAAUAAUAGUAAUAAUAAUAUUACAAAUCCUUCUAAGAGUACAUCUCCAUCAUUUGUUAAUAAGAAAUUAAUUAAUACUAAAAAGAAUGAUGAAAAUUUUGCUACAGAUGCAUUAUAUGGAUUACCUAAUUCAUUAAUUUUAUUAUUUAGUGAAACCGUUCAAUUAUUAAGAAAUAAAAUUUAUUAUGAAGAUGCAUCUAUUUCAUUACCACAAAAUUUUGAUAAGGAUGUAAGUAAUUUAAAUAAAAAAUUAUUAAAUUGGAAUUUAGAUUGGGAGUUAUAUGAAGGACAACGAACGGGACAAAUUACCCGAAGUUUACAAGGAUUUAUUGGAGAAGAUGAAGAUUUAGAUGAUGAUGGAUUACAUAAUGUUGAUCUUGAAGCUGAAAGUGAUGCACGAAAGAAGUUUUAUUCUCCUAUGCAUGAAGCUACUUAUCAUCAUAUUCUCUCAUUUUAUCAUGCUUUAAUGAUUUACUUCUAUCGAUUAAUUAGAGGAGUCGCACCGUCAAAAUUACAAUCGAAAGUUGCAAAAACGCUUAAUCAUCUUAAUUCAAUUCAAAGAUUAAUCGCUAAAGAUGAGGCUGCCAUCAUUCCAUUAUUUUGGCAAGGAUUUAUCGCAGGAUGUGAAGCCAUAUCGUUAAACUUACAAAUGGGCUUUAAAAAGUGGGGGGCGGAUAUAGCUCAAUAUCUAGGUAGUUAUUGGGGAGCUCGUCAAAUUAUGUUAGAAGUAUGGCGCCGGAAGAGAAUGAAUGAAGCCAGAGAUGAUUGGGUUAGUGUCAUACAAGAUUGGGAAAUGAAUCUUAUGUUGAAUUGAUAGGUAAACAAUCGUCACCCGUAGUUUAGUACAUAGAGUAAUAUAUUUUUAUGUAUGUAUUUGUUUAGUUUUCGGUGUAAUACAAAAUACAUAACAGUGCCUACUUCAGCCUCCUAUAU